UUUGUCAAUGGAACCAUACAAAAAUUUUAUUUCCUUUCUAUUUUCUUUCAUAAUCAAACAAAGGAAAAUAUCAUUUUCCAUCCAUUUUCUUUCCACCAAUUUUCUAUCAAACCAAACAAUGUGUUAGGGUUUCUUUCGCUAUGUGCCUUUGCUUCUGCAGCUGCUUCUCCUUCUGGAACCACCAUCUUCUUUACCAGAAUCUACGCACACACCCCAUGGACUCGAAUCCCAGUUCUAAUCAGCCGAAACCAAGAGCUGUUCCAAAGGAAGUUAUUCCUCCUGACACACACGAGACUCUGCCUCCGCGGGUGGGGAACAUUUCAAGGGAUCUCGCGGAUCAUAUUCCUAUCCAUUCAAGAAAAUCCUUGCCCACAAUUCGAGAUACGAUUGGACUGUCUCCAAGAUCACCAUCUGAUGCGACCAUGCCGUUCCCUUCUACUACCGGACCGAGAAGUAGAAAGGCUGUGAAAUUAACACAGCUCAAAGUUAAUCUGGACAAGGAUGUUUCUCCUUCAGCAUCCUCUCCUCCGUUUGCAAUUCACUCUGAAAGAAGCACCGCUGAACAACAUGUUGAUCUUCUUCCUUUUAUUUCUCACUGUUCUCUUUUUCCUCUCGGUUAUGAAUUUUCCAAACAAGAAUUAAUUUCCUUAUGGGCAGCUCAAGACCUCUUUACCGCUUCUUCUAGACAGGUGGAGAAUCAAGUGUUUGCUUCGUUGCUAUCUGAUGAAGUUGUUCUUCCUUCUAGGUUAGAUCCAUCUAUGGGUGUUUUCCGCACUUUCCUGUAUAAAAUCAACCAAUCCAAAUUAAAGUUUUCUGCAGAAUAUGCCAGAGUCUUUGAUGGAGACAUUGAUGGUGUCUCCGACGAUGUUAAGCAUUUGUCCUUAGAUGCUAAAAGCAUCAAACAUGUUGGUUUUGAGUCAUUGGAAAGAUUUCGAAAUCUGGAAACGCUGUUCGUUACUCCCACACCUGACUUUUAUGCUCAUCAAGUCCCGCAUGAUCUUUUCUUGAGGCUUAAGCACUUGAGGGCAUUAAAUUUUAGUAGAAGUCAUAUUUUGGAACUACCUAGUUCCUUGGGGAACUUGAAGUUGCUUCGAUAUCUUGAUCUCUCCUUUACGCCCAUCAAAAGAUUGCCUGAUUCAAUUAGUAGUCUUUCUAAUUUGCAGACUCUAAGGUUGAAGAAUUGUUUUAAGCUAGAUGGGUUGCCCGAAGAGAUUGGGAAGCUCACCAGUUUGAUGCAUCUUGUUUUUGACAUUAUUGGAGGAUCGGGUUCUAUGCCUCAUGGGAUAGGUAACCUGACUAGUCUUCAGACUUUGUCCAAAUUCGUUGUUGGUAAGGAUGAUGGUUGUAGGAUUUUAGAGCUGAAGGAUCUGGUUGAUCUGACUGGAUCAUUAUGUAUUUUAAGAAUGGAAAACAUCUCGAGUUUUGAGGAAGCCCAGGAGGUUGAUUUGAGUAAUAAGAAGCUGCUUAGUCUAGAACUAAUAUGGACUACCUCACGGGAAUGUGAUGCUGUUAAAGAAGAACAAAUCCUUCAAUAUCUUCAACCUUCUUUGGAUCUUGAAAAGUUAGAAAUAACAAGUUAUGGAGGUUUUAAGCUUCCAAAUUGGAUUUCUGAUCCAUCCUAUGCCCAUCUAGUUGAUAUGGAACUUUAUAAUUGUAUGAAUUGUGAAUGUCUUCUACCCAUUGGUAAAUUGCCAUCUCUUCGCUUUUUGUGGAUCGACGGAAUGGACAAGCUUGAAAGAAUAGAUGAACACUUUUGUCGGGAUGGAGAAGAUCAACUAUAUCAUGCAUUUCCAAAGUUGGAAACACUGUCAAUUCAAUCCAUGCCUCAAUUGAAAGAGUGGACAGGAGUAGAAAAUGGAGACUUUCCAUGGUUGAAUAAACUUGAGAUAAAAUUUUGCCCUGAACUGCACUCACUUCCAGUGUUGUCUAGCCUCAAUUCUCUUAAGCGUUUGGAAUUGAGUUAUUGUCCAAAUAUCAAGUACUUGAGAGAGAUAGCUCAUGUCCCCAAUGUAUUUAUUGACGGGAAGAAAUCACUCGUACAUCUUAAGUCUUAACCUGUUGCAGAGGACUGGUUAGUUGUUAGGGAUCAUAUGAGACAAUAAAUUUCAUGUUUCACCAAGAACUUUCAGAUUUAUCCGCCUUUGGUGCCGAGGUUGGUGAUAGGAAUUAGGGAAGUCCUGUAAAGCAUUUUGGCCUGGUGCUACAGUGUGGGGGAGUCUGUCUAUGACUCUAUGUACCUACUUGAGAUUUAAAGCCGAACUAUUAGUAUAAUCUCAUCGUAUUUUUUACUCUUCUAAGAGUAAAAAAUUUGGAGUGUGUUCCAUUUAUCCUGAAUUUCAUGUUCUAGCU